GUAAUUUUUAAAAGAAUUGAUUCAGCCGAUUUAAAUGGUGGCUGGCGGCUCUGGAGUGUCGUCUCUCUCUGUCUCUCUAGUUCAAGCUCUCCAUUGAUUCAAUCCAAGCCAAGCCAGAAUGUUCACAAAAGUCUCUACUUUUACUCACAAACUGAGCUAACUCAUGCCCAUCACUAUCUCAAUCCGAACUCGCCUCAUAUGGAAGCUCUCUUCAAUCCCAUGUAAGUUCUCUCCUUCUUGCUCUCACAGUAACACCGUUUCAUCGACCCAAACUUCCCCAAUUGAACCCCCAAUUUCCGAUGAAAUCUUCAAGUCCGGACCCAAACUGGGUUCUUACAAAGUGGGUGAUUCCACAUUCUAUUCUCUCAUUGAGAACUACGCCAACUCUGGCGAAUUCGCUUCGUUGGAGAUGGUUUUCGAUCGAAUGAAGCGCGAAAGAAGAGUCUUUAUAGAGAAGAGUUUCAUUCUAGUGUUUAAAUCCUAUGGAAAAUCUCAUUUACCCGAAAAAGCUGUUGAUUUGUUCUAUAGAAUGGUGGGUGAGUUUCAAUGCAGACCAACUGUUCGAUCAUUUAACUCGGUUCUUAAUGUGAUUAUCCAAGCGGGUUUGUACUCUCGCGCGUUGGAAUUUCAUUCGGAUGUUGUUGUUGGUACUAAGAAAAUUUUGCCGAAUGUGUUAACUUUCAAUUUGGUUAUCAAAGCAAUGUGUAGAUUAGGAUUAAUUGAUAGAGCUAUUGAGGUGUUCAGAGAAAUGCCGGUGUGGAAUUGUGCACCCGAUGUGUUUACUUACUGUACUUUGAUGGAUGGGUUGUGCAAAGAGAAUAGGAUUGAUGAGGCUGUGCUUCUUUUGGAUGAGAUGCAAACAGAGGGGUGUUUUCCGAGCUCUGUGACAUUUAAUGUUUUGAUUAAUGGCCUUUGCAAGAAAGGUGAUUUGAGUCGUGCAGCAAAACUUGUGGACAACAUGUUCCUCAAAGGUUGCGUACCAAAUGAAGUGACUUAUAACACCCUUAUUCAUGGUCUGUGUCUGAAAGGAAAAUUGGACAAGGCAAUUAGUCUUUUGGGUAGAAUGGUAUUAUACAAAUGUGUUCCUAAUGAUGUCACUUAUGGAACAAUCAUCAAUGGGCUUGUUAAGCAAGGGAGAGCUGUUGACGGUGUUCAAGUGAUGAUUUCUAUGGUGGAAAGAGGUCAUCACAUGAAUGAGUAUGUCUUCUCAAUACUUAUUAGUGGGCUGUUCAAGGAGGGAAAAUCCGAAGAGGCAAUGAGACUGUGGAAGGAAAUGUUAGAGAAGGGAUGCAAACUCAAUACUGUUGUUUAUAGUGCACUUAUAGAUGGUUUUUGUAGAGAAGGAAAACCUGAUGAUGCUAAGGAAAUUCUGUCUGAGAUGGUGACUAAGGGUUUCAUGCCCAAUGCUUUCACCUAUAGCUCGUUGAUGAGGGGUUUCUUCAAAACAGGCAAUAGUCACAAAGCAAUUCUUGUGUGGAAAGAGAUGGCAAAUAACAAUUGUAUGCAUAAUGAGGUUUGUUACAGCGUACUUAUAAAUGGGUUGUGUGAGGAUGGAAAGCUUAAGGAGGCUAUGAUGGUGUGGAAGCAAAUGUUGGCAAGAGGAUACAAACCUGAUGUUGUGAGUUAUAGUUCAAUGAUCCAUGGCCUCUGCAAUGCUGGGUCAGUGGAAAAAGGAUUAAAACUUUUCAAUGAAAUGCUUUGCCGAGAUUCUGUUUCUCAACCAGAUGUCAUAACCUAUAACAUACUUUUCAAUGCUCUUUGCAAGCAGCAUAGCAUUUCCCAUGCCAUUGACCUUCUAAAUAAUAUGUUGGACCAAGGCUGUGAUCCUGACUUGGUUACGUGUAACAUUUUCUUAAAAGCUUUGAAAGAGAAGCUGAACCCUCCACAAGAUGGGAGCCUGUUUCUGGAUGAACUUGUGCUAAGGUUAUACAAGCGACAGAGAAUUGUUGCGGCUUCCAAAAUUGUAGAAGUAAUGCUUCAAAAGUUUCUUCCUUUAAAGGCCUCCACUUGGGAAAGGGUUGUUCGAGAACUUUGCAAACCUAGGAAGAUUCAAGCAGCCAUUAAUAAGUGCUGGAGUGAACUGUUCUGCUGAUGUCUUUGGGCAUGAGAGAUUUCAGUAAUUCAAGGCCCUGCAGUUCCUACGGUGUCUGCCUCAGCGACCGUCAUUGAUUCUGGAUUGUGUUGUUCAUGAGCCAUAUCGUAAGUCGCAUGGAGACCAAAAAACACAUAGUAAACCAGCAUUACAGCAGUGCAAACACCGAACCUUAUAAACGCCUCAGCUCCCAAAGAUCCCAUGAGAAACAAAUUCGUUGCAAUUGACAAAGAUGGUAACCACGGGACAAGUGGGACCCCCCAAACCUUUGGUGUCCUCUGCUGUGGCAAGAGCACUGAAAUCCCUAGAGUCCCCAAGAACCAAAGAGGAACAGUGACAGCAUAACCAACCCAACCGUUGGGGCUGGAUCCCCAGUAAGCUGUGGUCCCCAUGGAUGAAGCAAUAAUGAUCAGCAACAAGAUAACUAACUUCAGGAGGUGUACUUGAGAUGUGACCCCUCUUACAUAAUAUCUCCUGACGAGAAGUGCAACUGCCAUCAUCAUAAAUAUGAACAAUGUGCUCACGGAUAACAAAGAUGCCAAAACGUCCAAGCUCGAAAAGAAAGCAAUGCAAGCACUGCAAAUGGUUAUCAACAGUGUAGCAUUUAUUGGGGUUCCGGUCUUUGGGUGGACGAGAGCGAACCAUGGCGGGAUCAUGUGGGCCCGUGCAAUAUGAGUAGUGUAGCGUCCCUGCCCGAGCGCCCCUACCAGAAGAACUGUGGUCAUCCCCUUGAGAGCUCCAAGUGCUACCAGGUACUUCGCCCAUUUCAUACCCACACUCUCAAAUGCAACGGAGUAAGCUGCAUUGGGGUCUAUGUCUGUGUACUUCUGCAUCAUGCUCAACGAAAGAGCCAUCAAGCAAUAUACAACGGUGAUGAUUGACAUCGACCCAAGCAAUCCGAUUGGUAUGUCUCUUGAUGGGUUUUUUGUUUCCUCUGCCAUGGUUGCAAUAUUGUCAAAUCCGCCAUAGGCAAAGUACAC